UUGCGUGCGAUCUGGACCAUCUGCCGCCCGCUGCGCUCGCACAUUGCGGUGCGCGUCCAUCUAAUCGGCGCCGCCGCUCGCCUUGCCUGAUCAUCUGAUCCGCGCCGCUCCGCCCGCCGGCCUGUCGCGCUCGCCCGCCUCUCCCUCAUAAGCAACGUCCUGCCACCUCUCCGUGCUCCUCACACACGCCGGCAUGUUCGCGCAGCACACGACGCACUACGCGCCGCUCGGCUCGCCCGGCGACGGCUGGCGGCCCAUGCUGCGUCCCGUGCCCGUGGCGCCGCUCUUCGGCGCGCCCCUGGCGCCCGGCACCUUCCACUUCCUGUCGCCCGAGCCGCAUCCGAGCGCCGCGAGCAGCAGCCGCCAGCGUCUCACGGCACGGCCCAGCUGGGACCAGCGCGACACGCACCGCCUGGCGCGCUUCAAUGCGCUGCCGAACGAGCUGCUUAGCGACAUCCUCGAGCUCGCCGUCGAGGCGGGCGAUGGGCCGGCACUGGCUGCGACAUCACCGCGGUUCCGCAACCUGUCGCAGCCGUUCCUGUACCGGAGGCUGCGCCUCGGCUCGGCAGAGUCGGUCGAGCUGCUGCUCCGCACGCUGCAGGACGCGCCAGAGCUGGCCAGCCACGCUCGCCGUCUGACACUGCGAGCUCAGCGGGUGCCGUGGACGGCGAUGACGGGGCUGGCCGAGAUUCUGAAGGCUCGCGGCAAGGUCAGGGCGCUCGAGAUAAGCAUGCCGGCCAGUGAGUGUCGGAAAUGGCGUGCGAAGUGUCUCGCGAGCUGACUGGCAAUGCCUCAGGCGAGCUCAGCCAUGCGAUGGAUGCAUUGUCGCGGCUAUCGCCAGAGACAUUCGAAUGGCACACCUCGCCGUGCUGGACCAUGCGUCCGACAGA